GCGGAGGUGCCGGACCUUCCGCAGGGGACCAUCAGCAGGGUUGGUUGCGUCAAGAACGGCGAUGGGCUCCCCAACGGCAAUCACAUCUUCCUUGCCCUUGUUACGUUUGGCAAUCGCCCUCCGCUUCGGCAGCACGUGUGCGCGGUGAAGCAGAUGCCGCGCGACGGCGACUACGGCAGGCAGAACUGGAACGAGGUCUUCACGCUGCUGGAGGCUCGGCGGGAGGGGCUGGCGGGCGUGCUCCAUGCGCGUGCCGUGUUCAAGGACGCCGCCUGCCUCUACGUCGUCCUGCCCUGGUGCAGAGGCGGCGACCUCUUCACGGUCGUUGCCUCGGGCGCCGUCGCGCUCGACGAGUCGGGGCUCCGCUCGCUGACGACGCAGCUGCUCCGGCUCCUCGCCGGGCUGCACGACGGCGGCUGGGCACAUGGUGACAUUUGCCUCGAGAACAUCGUCGCCGCCGGCGACGGCACUCUGAAGCUCAUCGACUUUGCCCAGAUGAGGAAAGUACACGACGCACACAACCCGCAGAACGAGGUCCUUAUGCCGUGGAACGUCCAGACAGGCAGGGAGCAGUGCUUUCCGCCAGAGUCCAUGACGCCUCCUGCCGGCGCUCUGCGUUCGGCGAAGAAGGGGGACGUGUACCAGUUCGGCUGCCUCAUCCACCAACUGCUGACGGGGAGUCCCCCGUUCGAGGCGCAUGAGGUCAACGUGUGGCCGCGGAGUGAGGUGCUGGAGACAGGAGGCUGCAGGGCCACCGUCGAGAAGCUCCACGGCCUGGGGGUCCCGCGCCUCCUCGGGGACUUCGUCGGGCGCCUCCUCGCGCCCGACCCGGCCAGGCGGCCCACCGCCCCGGAGGCGCUCGCGCACCCGUGGGUCUUGGGGCGGGUCGCCCGGUGA